AUGGUGACAACUUUCAAGAUUGCCGUGCUGGGUGCUCAAGGGGUCGGAAAGAGUGCCAUUGUCCGCCAGUUCCUCUACAACGAGUUCAGCGACGUCUGUGCGCCCACCAAGGCCCGCCGCAUCUACCUGCCCGCCGUGGUCAUGAACGGCCACGUACACGACCUUCAGAUCAUGGACUUCCCACCCAUCACCUCUUUCCCAGUAAACACAUUGCAGGAGUGGGCGGACGUGUGCUGCCGAGGCCUCCGGAGCGUUCAUGCCUACAUCUUGGUCUAUGACAUCUGUUGUUUUGACAGUUUUGAGUAUGUCAAAACCAUUAGGCAGCAGAUCCUAGAAACGAGGGUCAUCGGCACCUCUGACACACCCAUCAUUAUCGUGGGGAAUAAGCGGGACCUGCAGAAGGGCCGGGUUAUCCCACGCUGGAACGUCUCCAACUUGGUGAAGAAGACCUGGAAAUGUGGCUACAUCGAGUGCUCGGCCAAGUACAACUGGCACAUCCUGUUGCUCUUCAGCGAACUCCUCAAGAGUGUGGGUUGUGCCCGUUGCAAGCACGUCCACACCACCAUCCGCUUCCAGGGGGCUCUGAGAAGGAACCGAUGUACCAUCAUGUGA